AACAUGUUUGCUUAACUUACUGAGCUUUAAUCUGUGACCCCGUCAUGCUACAGGUUUAAUUAUUGCCGUGCCUUUUAGAAAUAUGUAUUUAUAAUAGCACGAAGUGGAGUUUUCAGCACAUUUUAGAAACAGGAAGCUGAAGGAUGUCUGAAACAAUUCAUGGAAGUUGCAUAGAAGUUAAACAUGCACGUGUAAAAACAAAGCUUUUUAUGUGCAUGCGUAAAAUAAAGCAGCCAAGCAAUUUCAGCUCAAUACAAUAGUAUUAAACAGUAUUUUAUGAAAGUGAAUUGCAUUUAUGCAAUAAUAUUAAUUGCUGCUUUUAACACAUUACAAAAUUGCAUUGUAUAUUGUAUUAUUUUAAUGUUGGGAGCAAUUCGCCUGCAAUAAUACACUUCAGCUUCAACACAGUAAAGUAACUAACAUACAAAAUGAUUGAGUUUCUGAAAGUUCACCUCACCCAUUGCAUCAACAAUACUGAGCAAACAUUCUGACAAAUUACAUGAUUAACGAGUUUAACUGCACUGUUUUAUUUUUUUAAUGUCUUUAUUCUCUCUCUUUUUUUCUAUAGUUAUUUUAGCUUGACUUUGCACAACAUACUAAUAUUGAAAUAUGAAUAUUGCAUGACUGUUCCUUCUUGCCUUUGUCUUUGCAACCUGCAGAACAACCUUGAAUUGCCCUCGUUUGUUUGCAUUUUGAUGCAACUCUUGUUGGCAAUGCCCACAAAGCACACAUGCACAUGAGACGAGAGCCUUCAGAUGGACAAAUCAAGCUGCAUUUAUGAUUAUACUGCAAUAAAAGCAGAUUUGUCUGGAUGUUAUCAGGAUGUGGCUGUGCUGUUGCUCAUAUCUGGCGUGUGCAGACGUGUGGGGAGAGAUCAGGACAGAAGAGGAGGACCAGAGCAGCGUCAGGAUGGACAUCGAGCUCUUAGAAGAGCAAUACAGCUCCAUCAGAGAGAAACAGAGACGCCAAACUCAAGUCAUAUGCUUCAGGAAAGCACAAAACGAUGAAGAGAUAAGUGGCAUAAAUCUAUUGGACGUGGUUCCCGUAUGUCAGAUCAAACGCUCUCCUUCAACAAAAGCACCAGAAACCUGGUCUGAGCGUGUGGUGGAUUCUGAUAGCGGUCUGUGGCGCUCACAUCUGGACCUGCACCGCAUUAAACACACGACUGAAGAAACUGAGCAGAGAAAUAACAGCGCUGCGUCUACAGAAGCCUCCAGCACCAGCUCUGAGUCAGAGCGGCUCUCUGAGGACUCGAACCCUGGGGAACCUCAUCUGAAGAUCAAGAACUCGAGGAAGUUCUCAGCUCCGGCGGUUUUGUCCCAUCAGCUGAGUCUCGGGAGUUAUCGCUCCACACCUGCAGGCUCCAAAUAUUACCCCUUUCCUCAGAAGAAAACCCUGAGGAAAUCAGAGACGGCCAGGAGACUGGGCCUCUACGCCUCGCUCUAAUAAGGAAAUACGACUGAAUAACCAGGAAACGUCCAGUGCUUUUUACAUAUUUAUGUAUGCAUAAUAAAUAUAUACAGAACACACACAUAUAGGGUACAACAGGGCUAAAGGCACCUUUGAUGUUAUUUUCAUCUAAACCACUAGAUGGCACAAAAGCGUGGCCGACCACUUUCCAAAACAUCCGCUUUUCAAGAUGCACCUGCAAAUUUGUCUGAACCUUGACACGAGUUGAUUCUGUGCUUACUUGAUCUAAUAUUUUAUGUUUUUUCAAAUGUUGUAGAUUUAAGUAGCAAAUGAGAAUCGCUCAAAUUAAUGCAUAUAUUUUGAGACAAAAGUCUUCUUUAUGAUUUUCAGUUUUGUUUAAGAUAAUUAAAGCAACAGUUUUUAAACAGUGAAAGAAUAUGUAAAAGUAUGUUAUUUGGGGUAAAAAGCGCCCCUGCUGUUGUGCACCGUAAUUAACAUGAUAAUUAAUAGAUGGCUGACUUUUCCAUUUGUUGACAUGACAUUGUUAGAUUCAGAUGGUGAAUAUCAUAUAUUAUGUUGGGUGUCCAUAUUAGAGAUAAUCACCAUGUUUAGAAUGAAACCAUCAUAUUUAAAAACAUGAUAUUAAUCAUUUCAUACAAUAAAAUAUCAUUUGUUGUUACUACUGUAAAUAUAUAUUCAAUUAUUAUUGGAUCUCCUUCAAUACUUUCAGAAUCUUUACUUAUUAAAAUAAUUUUGUUUCUGUAUUUUAAAAUAUAUUUUUAUAUUAACAUAUUUUAAUCACAGUACAUUUAUUGAACAAAACAUUAUUCUUUUAUUUUUCAAGAUAAGCAGAAAAUAGUGCAAACUUUGCUAAAGUGAUUGUUUUGAACAAGUAUUAACUUAGACAUUAUUUAAAAAUAACAUUAUUUUAGCUGAAGUAUUUGUAUGAAUACCGUGUGCUUUUUACCGCUCGUGCCACCUCACACAUUUAUAAGAUUUUUAAACAAAAUAAACAACUUGAAAUUGUUUUGCAUCCCAUAGCGUUUACUGUUUAACAUUAAUUCACAUCAAUACACUUUUUUUUUUUUUACACCAGUAGUAUUCUGUAGUGACCAAAAUGAGCUGAAAACAAAAGCAACAUUUGCAUCAUGCAUUUGCAUCAUGUAACUAAUUGUUCGUUUGCAUAGUUUGCACAAUCACUAAUUGUCAGAUCAAUAGUUGAUGUACAUUUACAAAAACAUUUUUUGAAGUUGUAAAUAAAAAAAUGAUUAUUGGAGCAUGUUUUCAGUCUUUCAACUUCAACAUUUCUUGUUAAAUUCAAUGUGUUAC